AUGUCGACCACCACUGUCCAAAUGCCAUCUGGAGUGAACUCGCAAAGAAUUGCGGCGCCUGAUUCAGAGGCUUUGACCACCUCCACCCUCGUCGACGACAUGUUCCGCACAUUCGAAGAGGAGAACUCACGUCUCCGGGCUCUUCUGAAAGAACAGAAGAAGUUCCGUGACGUCAGUGACCAGCUCAUCGAGAGCAACAAACAGAUCCGGAGAGACAUCAAUUCCCUACGGGUCGAGCUGGCCCUCGCGGAACAGUCGAAAAUGGUUCCCACGGUCAAGAGAUUCUUGGUUGGUAAUUGGAAUGCGGUAUGCGAUACGUGCAAUGCUGUUGACCGCUGGUUCUCGGAGAUCGAGGAACCGAUCGGCUGGAUGGCCUGUGCCGGACUAUUCGCCGCAAUGACUGCUGUGGCUGUUGUCAGAGAGAUCAAUCGGAGCGGCUAUUAA